UGGUGGUUUACCAGAUACUCACUUUCUGCAAGACACCUUCUAAGGAUGUCUCCGAAACAGUGUUUCCCCAUGCUCUCUCAUUUUUUUUUUUGUUAGGGACAAUCUACUCUGGCAUGUUUAUGUCACAGAGCGAGAUGUAAAAAUGAUCUUUUCUCAUUUUUGUUUUUGAGUGGGUGAGACUGACGAAGAGGUGCAGUAUUUCAAGCGAACAGGCUGAUGAAUGCAACGGCAUUUCCGCGAAUCAGACCUUCAGAUGCACUUUUCAUCAAAGACUUCCUCCUUUGAACCUGCUGCCUGCUGGUUGCUCUCACUCGGGUCUGCUGGCUGCUCCCUCUUGGGUCCUCUCUACCUCGAGGCGGACAAGUAUCAUGGAUCAGUGCGGCAGGACCUCUUACCUUCUCAUCAUCUCCGCUGUUCUCUGGCUCAGACUCGCUACAGGAAAGGAGGACAUCCCGAUAUUGCAGGACAAGGAGAUCAAGGCAGCUGUCGGGACCUCAGUGAGGCUGAGCUGCCGGUUCCGCUAUGUGGCCCAGGUUAACGACCCACUGUUUGGCAAGUUCUAUACAGACUCCCUGGGGAAAAAUGCGGGGACAUCCGGCAAGUUCAGCUGCCAGACAGACGGACGGCUUACGAGCUGUGAAAUGUUUUCCAUAAUUAAUGUUACGCUUAAUUUAAGUUCAGUCAAAUUCAUCUGUGAGGUUACGAUCCCAAGACCCGACGAGUUGGUGAUCAGGUCUGGACAUGGCACCACUGUCAUACUGUACGCCGAGCCCGUGUCGCUAUGGAUACAGCCCCAGGAUUUGACGGAGGGAAAAGAGGCUGGAUUACGAUGCGACGCCCAUGGUUUCUACCCCGCCAACGUGACGGUGAGCUGGCUGUGCGGAGAGCGGCGGGAGCCGAAGGGGAGCGUUCGCAAUAAUUUCACCACCGAGGCGGACGGCACCUCCUCCCUGCACAGCUGGUAUAAGUUCACCCCCACGGCCGGAGAAAAUGACACACCGUGCUUCUGCAAGCUCUAUCAUCACCUGUGGACACGGGAGAGAGAAGCCUGGGUCACGCUCAAUGUCAGCUACAGUCCGAGAGCCAUUCAGGUGACCUCUGACCUGGGUCACAUGACGAACGGCACCCUGCAGCUGGUGGAGGGCUCCCUGCUGAACGUGACGUGUGCUGCGAGCGGGAGACCCCUCCCGGAGAUUCAGUGGUUUUGGGAGAACAUGACCAGGAUUUCAUCUGGGGGCAACCUGCUCAUAGCCACCACCACGGAGGAACACGAAGGGAUGUACUGGUGUGUAGCAAGAAACCAGUAUGGGCAGAGUAGCGCCAGUAUGCUCCUACUGAUAUCUCCGAGAAACUCUGGUCCCAUUGCACUUUACAUCUUAGGAGCCGUUCUCAUUGUCACGCUGCUGUCUGUCAUUCUCUGGCUCACGCCUCGGUGCAAACCUCAGCCGAACCGAGGUCCCGCUCCAAAAAGUACGACUGACGGAGUCGCCACUACGGUCCAAGAUAAAGACGACGAUGGCGUGUCAGAAGUGCUGUACGCUAAACUCAACUUCGCUGCGUCUCGACAUCCAAAGGCGGCGCAAGGAGAGCUGGAGGUCUCCAGUGCGGUUGUAUACAGUGAAGUCUCCCGGAGGAAAGAGAGUCAUGUGAACACUGGCGGCCAGGAGGAGGCACUGCAGAGCACGUAUGUUCUGGUUGAAUGGCCGUCACGCUGUCCGUCUCCUGCAUCUGCUCUGUCUUCAAGGGCCGCGUCGCCGUCCUUGGUGCCCCUGAGGGACCUCCCGCAACAGCCAAAGAGCCUAACAUGAACUCGUAAAUACGCCAAAAAGGGGGAAAUGUCUCAGGCGACGUAAAUGCAAUCGCAGGACGACCGCAAGCAGAUCGUAAUUACCACAGAUUAGUGUCGGCUGCUGUUCGGAAACUGCCUUCGCGUAGUCGUCCUGGAAAACGGCGAACGACUUUAGUGUUAGAUCGUUAUGUAGGGCGGACACUGGCUAGACACUUGUGCUCUUUGUGGCACGUUGCAGUGCCCGGAAACAAAGCCUGGCCCGUGCUGAUGGAAAGACAAAGGAAACCAGGGCAGCACGUCUCCAUGUUAUUGUACAUAUUGAUUUUUGAACCCGGGGAAGGACUAUGGAACUCUAUCAUUACAGCCUGUACGCCAUUUCAACUCGGUUUUCAAAAACGGGGAGGAGGAGAGUGACUACUUCACGAUAGAAAGCCAUUGAUUUAAAGCCAUCUUAGAGUGCAAAUGUGUGGUUUCCCCUCUAAAAUGCACACUGGGAUCAUGGUUAAAGACUAUCAGAACUUUUGUGACGAUCGCUCCCAGCUGCAGAGUUUAUCGGCUGUGUUAAAUAAAUCAGCGCGUAAUUAUGUAAAUAAAACAGGCCAUUUUACCCGAAUAUUGCUGUAUAUAUUCCCGUAUGUAUCUGUAUAAACACAAGCUGCAACAAGUCUUUUAACAGACUAAACUCCAGAAUAAACUGGUUUGUUGGUGUAAA